CAAGACUAAGCCCACCCGUCGCACGAGGAAAGAAGCCCUUGUCGCUGCUACAACCAAUCUCAAGAACCCAUUGUUAUCGAUCUCACUAGAAAUUCUUUUCGAGAUCAUGCAUUAUCUCGCUCCGUACGACUUAGUCCAUCUCGCUCUCACAUGCAAGCCCUUUCGGAAGACCUUGCUCUCUCGUGAUGUUGCAUUUUUAUGGAAGGCCUCGUAUGAUAACUUGCCUCAUGCUUCCCGGUGCCCCGAAGGUCUGUCAGAGCCUGCAUGGGCUUACCUUAUUUUUGGGGGGAAACACUGUCACACUUGUGGAGAAGAAGACCAAGACACAGAAUGCAGUGUCUUCUUGUGCCGCCGAUUUUGCUCGGGAUGCAAAAACAAGUAUAUCUGUCGAGACAUACAUGUCUGCGAGAAAUUGCUUCCGCAGACGAUGCUUCCAUGCUUACCUGCCUAUUUCAAAGUUUUCUGUGACCCAGCAAAACAUGAAACGGGGUUUCAUUAUGGGGGGUUUUGGUAUCAGGACGUCCUCAGCCUUCAGGCCGAACUGAGUCCACUCUUUGAAACCUUGACCGGCGAGGACCUACAGGCUGCUCUAACUACCGUUAGAGAGCGUAGAGUAUCAGCUUUGAAAGCUAGACAAAAACAUGCCGAACACUGCUCGAAUUGGUUUUACAAAUGCGAAGGAACACUCAGCCACGAGGUUGGUAUGCGAUUGUCGGCGCUUGGGUAUGAAUAUCAGGAUUAUGCCCACAUCGUAGGAAAACCAACAAAUUUACUUCCGACGAUCCCUCUUCGCGACCAAGGAGGAGCGAGAACGAUGCAGCCGCCUUCGGGAACGACGAAAAGCGUUUUCCGACGUUUAUGUCCAAUACCUCCAGACCGAGGUUCACUCUUUACGGCAGCCUACUUUUCCCAGCGAACACGAUAUCCCGUACAUACCCAAAACUCAAGACCUGGUCGACAACGAUAUCGAGCUCUCUCUUCAGUUCAAACAGGAAGCGAAACAACUCCUGAUCUCUCUCACCCCGACGCUGCAAGCCUGGGCCGAUAGCAGAACAGCUGCUGCAGUCGCCGCAAUUCCUUCCUCUGUACUUGCAGAACCAUUUCCGAAGAGCGGUCAAAGCUCUGAACUGCAGUCUGACAUCACUAGCUCGCCUUUGGAACUGGCGGUUUCGGUCUUCAAGUGUGAAAAAUGUGAUGACAUGGCGAACCAGACGCAGCGCUCCUCAAGGUAUUUAGCAGGUCUAGAGAUCCUUGCUCAUCGGUGCAGAGUGCACUAUCUUCACCCUGAAGGCAGCCCGGAUCCCCCUUUACCUCUGUGGAACGAGCGAGGUAGUAGGCUAGUAGCCCACCUCCUGAAAUUGCUUUGCCUUGACCCGGCUACCACGACUCUGAUUCAUCGUUUCGCGUGCUUAUUAGGUGGAACAUACUUGCGAGCAGCGAGGUGGUUCGCCUACCUUUAA